AUGCAUCAGGAAGGACCUGGUAGACUCAGUUUCAGUGAUCUUCUCGUGGUUCUCUUUGGCACAAGCAUCUAUGAAAAUAUUCGCUUUGGUAAAGAAAAUGCAACAAGAGUCGAAAUUGAAGAAGCAGCACGUCAAGCCAGUGCACACGAUUUCAUUAUGCAAUUACCGAAUAAGUAUGACACAGUCGUCGGUGAACGUGGUGUUCAGUUGAGUGGUGGUGAAAAGCAACGUGUGGCUUUGGCUCGUGCUCUUGUCAAACAGCCUGCCUUGCUUUUGUUGGACGAAGCAACAAGUGCUCUUGAUAAUACCAAUGAAAAGAUUGUUCAAGAAGCACUCGAUCAAGCAUGCAAAGCUGAACGUUCUCGACAUCGAAGCCAUAGUGAACUUGGCGACAAGAAUAAAUACGCUGCGUUUGCUUUAUCUGGCUCAAAAUUGACCGAGCGUAUCCGUAUUAAAGCUUUUGCGCACUAUCUGCGUCAAGAAUUAGCUUUCUUUGAUUGUCUUGAAAAUAGUUCUGGAGCUAUUUGUAAUCGUCUCUCAUCCGAUGCGUUGGCUGUUCAGCAGAUGGUUGGCAGUUAUCUAGGCAUUGUUUGUGAAUCAGUCGCGGCAUUUGGAGUUGGUCUUGUUAUCGGUUUUUUUUUCAGUUGGCAGUUGGCAUUAAUCGUACUCUUUUAUAUUGUCGUUUUGUUUGUUGUUGCUUUCAUGCAAAUACGUUGGCAAGCACGGUUAAACAAACGUUGUGAUUGUGUUCUUGGAUUAGCAAGUUCGGUAAGAGGAGCAUGUCGAUUAAAAUAUCAUGUAUACUGA